GAACCGACAGCCUUGGCGCGGACUGGUAUCUGGUUGACUGCGGUUUGCAGGGUCUGCCAUGGAGUCAGAGCAGAUGCUGGAGGGACAGACGCAGGUUGCAGAAAACCCUCACUCUGAGUACGGUCUCACAGACAACGUUGAGAGGAUAGUUGAAAAUGAGAAGAUUAAUGCAGAGAAGUCAUCAAAACAGAAGGUGGAUCUACAGUCUUUGCCAACCCGUGCCUACCUGGAUCAGACAGUUGUGCCUAUCUUAUUACAGGGUCUUGCUGUGCUUGCAAAG